GGGGCGACGCGAGGGGCGGGCGGGCAGGCAGGCAGAGCGGGGCUGCGCGCCGCAGCCCGGCAAGGAGGGAUGCGGCAUGGCCGUGGGCUCCGUGAAGAUGCCGUCGCCGUGUGAGGGCGCGGAGCUGACCCGCAGCUGGAGCCCCGGCGGCGGAGCUCAGGAGCCACCGCCGGUGCAGCUGCGGCAGAAGCUGCGGGAGCUGCCGGCACUGCUGCGGAGCGGGCUAACGCUGCGGAGGAAGAGCGCCGUCGCCGCCGGCCGGACCCUGUCCAGAAGAAUUUCAAAUCCCUACUUGGAAACUCCUUCAAACAAGAUUUAUGGAGAAAGUUCUUCCUGUGCGGGGAGAGCUCUCAGGAAUAUUUUUACUCUACAAGCAUCUGACCUGAUUAAAGACAGGGUGUACCUUACUGGCAUUUGCAGGAGAAGCUGUGUUGGAUCAGAACUGGUAGACUGGCUUUUGGAGCAAUGCCCGUUUGUUAAGUGCAGAUCUACAGCAGUUGGAGUGUGGCAGCUCCUCCUGGAUAUGGGCAUUAUAUUAUCAGUGGACAGACAACUUUAUUUUCAAGACACUCAUGCUUUUUACCAGUUCUCGGCGGAUGAAUGUACCUACCUUUUCUGUGAAUUUGAGAAAGAGGAAGGAUGGAAGAACGGAGUAAAGCUCCUGCUUCAAUUACUGCCGUUGUCUCCUCCCAGGAUUGACAUGUGUAAUCUGCCUGAUCAAAAAAUAGAAGAUACGACAGAAACCAAUGCCGAGAUUCUUGCUCGUCUCACUUCUGCGGUGCAGAGAGAACUGGCUGCUGUCAUUGCCUUGAAAGCAAGGAAGUCAGCAAUUCAUCAAAAUGAAGAAAACAGCGGUCAAGACAUAAGAGGACUAGAAGAGCUCAAGGAUACCUCUGAUACUCAGGCAGGGGUUUUGUGCAAGCUCCAGGGAAGAGAUGACAUCGGACGGAUUGAGCUGGUCCAGAAGCUGGCGAGAGAAAACUGCCAGUUUUUGCAGGCAGAUAGAAAACCACAGGAGAAGGCAGAGCAAGCGGACGAUGGAGGCGGCGGCGAGCGGGCACGGGAGGAGGCCGGCGCAGCGCUGGUGCUGCGGAAGGUGUGGUCACGCAGCCCGGCCCCCGAGCGGCGCGGGAGAUAUGUGGUGGUGUCGGGGACGCCGGAGAAGAUUUUGGAGCAUCUGCUCAGCGACCUACACCUGGAAGCCGCCCAGGACAAAGAGACCGAAACUCUCCUGGAUGACUUCCUUCUCACGUACACAGUCUUCAUGACGACCGAUGACUUGUGCCAGGCACUUCUGAGGCACUAUUGUGCUAAGAACCACCAAGGGAAAGAAGACGACUCCGAUGUGUCCUGUAGGAAACGAAAAGUCUUGCAUUUGGUGUCACAGUGGACUUCUCUCUACAAAGACUGGUUACACGAAGAUGAGCAUUUAAAACAAUUUUUAAAGACGAUAUACAGGAAUGUGUUAGAUGAUGUGUAUGAAUAUCCGAUUCUUGAGAAGGACCUGAAAGAAUUUCAGAAGAUACUGGGGAUGCAUCGUCGUCACACUGUAGAUGAGUAUUCACCUCACCGAAAGAAUAAAACCUUUUUCCACCAGUUCAGUCUAAAGGAGAACUGGCUGCAGCACAGAGGAACCAUGAAUGAAACAGAAGAAAUUUUUUGCCGUGUGUAUAUAACAGAGCACUCCUAUGUCAGUGUGAAAGCUCAAUUAUCCACUUCAGCUCAGGAGAUACUGAAGAUUGUAGCAGAAAAGAUCCAAUACCCGGAGGAGGAGCUGGUGCUGGUGACAGUCACGUUCUCUGGUGAAAAACAUGAACUACAACCAAAUGACUUGGCUAUCUCAAAAUCUUUAGAGUCAUCCAGUCGUAUGUUUGUCUACCGGAAAGAUCUGACUGAUUCUUUGCACCCAUUUGCUGAAAAUGAGGAAUUGCAGCAAAGGUCUGUGAGAAUUUUGGGAAUCAACACCUGGGAUCUUGCCUUAGAACUAACAAACUUUGACUGGAGCCUCUUCAAUGCAAUUCAUGAGCAAGAGCUGAUAUACUUCACGUUCAGCAGACAGGGCAGUGCUGAAAACACCGAGAAUCUCAGUCUUCUGCUUCAAAGGUGCAACGACGUCCAGCUUUGGGUUGCUACUGAGAUACUCCUCUGCGGCCAGCUCUGCAAACGUGUACAGCUAGUCAAAAAGUUCAUCAAGAUUGCUGCCCAUUGUAAAGCCCAAAGAAAUCUGAAUUCAUUCUUUGCUAUUGUUAUGGGUCUCAACACUGCAUCUGUCAGCCGGCUGUCUCAGACCUGGGAGAAAAUUCCUGGGAAGUUCAAGAAACUUUUCACUGAACUUGAAAGUUUGACGGACCCUUCUCUGAAUCACAAAGCUUACAGAGAUGCAUUCAAGAAAAUGAAAUCUCCGAAAAUCCCCUUCAUGCCCUUACUUCUGAAAGACGUAACAUUCAUCCAUGAAGGAAAUAAAACUUUUCUGGAUAACCUUGUUAACUUUGAGAAGCUGCACAUGAUUGCAGAUACUGUUCGGUCAUUGAGACAUUGCAGAAAUAACCAGUUUGGCAAUGAAGUUCCUUCAAAAGAGCAUCACGAGCUGAAGCCAUAUGUCCAUCACCUGCAUGUCAUUGACAACCAGCAAGCUCUGUUUGAGCUUUCUCACAGGAUAGAGCCGCGAGUGUGAGCGUACACAGCUUCAUAUAACCUUGUAACUGCAGCACUUUGAAUUAAGUGAACGUUUAUGCCAAGCAUGUUGCUUCCCUAUAUAAGAACAGUUUACUGAGUUUUAUCAGUAGCUCACACAACAUGCACAGGAAAAUCAGGCAAGAGCCAGCAAAGGAGCUGCUCACGGAGUUGCAGGGUGAGCUUGGUGCCAUCCCCGCUGGUCACCAGCACCGGAGGGAGCGCAAAAUGCGAAGCAGCAUCCUUUGAGCUCAGGAGCUUGGUUUCUGUGAAAAUAUUGUUUGGUCCAGUGUAGCUUUCAAUGCAGAUUCUGACAGUAUUAGGUGAAAGGAAUGGUCAUGUCACAGCAGCAAAACAUUUCAGCAAGCAACAUGCCGCAAGGGGAUUGAUUCUCAAUUCACCACAGUACGUACUUCACUAAUUCAAGGCUGCCAAAGUAUUGUUGCCAAAAAUACUGGGCAAUCCAUGCAGCUCCCCUGAGUCCACUGGAGCAUCUUAUUUGAGGUAAAUGCUGACAACAAAGAAUGAGAAUAUAAAAGACAGCACACCAGAUGAAACUCAAGAGUGUGUCGUAAGUGAAGGUCAGCAGUAAACAACAGUUCACACUGCUAUGGCCCCUUAAGAAUCUGCUUUAUAAAACACACUGAAAGAGCUGAUCCACUUUUGUUGCAAUUUAUGGACACAAUUGUUUGUACACUGAAAACAUGUUAUUUUCUUCCUUUUCAGUUAUCUGAGAUUUAGUGCCAGCUCCUGCAGUUAAUGUGUUGUAAAUUAUUAUACUGGGAGCUUUGUUUUCUGCUUGGAUUACAGCCUCCUUGGUGUCUACUCAGAGGCAAUGCCUAGAUCCACCUACAUUUCUAAUUCACCUCCUGGAAAUACUGUUUCAGGAGGUAAAAUUUCACCUAACUUGCACAUGCGUCUAGUUUUUAAAGAAUGAAAGGGUACACCUUACAGGGUACCAGUGUAAUUACCUGGAUACGCACUGGGCUCUCAGCAUCACAGUCCUUUUACUGCUUCUGUCCCUCUCACACCCCUCCCCAUGCCAAUUCUCAUAUAGCUAAAAGUACUACUUCUGGGCAUGUACUGAGGCAGCAUUUCUCAAGUCUUGUCUACAGCUGACCUACAUCUAAGCAUCACCAUCACUGUAGCUCUGGUUUUCAGUGCUAAGAAGUUGCCCUGAAAUAAUCUAGUGAAUGCCAGAGGCAAUGUGCUAUGCAGCGUGGCAUGUGUUUGUACACUGACUUAUGGCAACAAUCCCUUUGCAGAGCAGGGAGGAUACAUUGCAUUGCUUGCCCAUCUCUAUUGUAUGUUUUCCACAUGAGGAAGACUUUCAAGAAAAUGCUCCUUUACUGAAAUGCGGGAAUACUGAAGUAGCAUGCUCUUCAUAAUUGUGUUAUCUCUGGUUUAAAGGGAUUAAAAAAGAAACAGCUUUAACAAGUAGUCUGUGGGGGAAUCUGUAGAAUGCAUUUGGUUUUCCCAUCUGUGAAAUACUGUAUAGAUCUAUUGUAAAGGAAACAGAUGUUUCAGAAAUGUAUUUGCUUGUACUUUGUUAUUAUUAAAUACUAUAAGAUAUUUUCUUUUUUUUUUCCUUUUUUUUUUUUUUUUUUUAGAAAAAACAUCUUUUUACCCAGUAAAAAGAAAAAAAAUAAACUCUUGCUGGCCAUGGAGUAAAAAUUUCCUAUGUUUUUCUGUAGAUGUGACUGCACAUAAUGUAAAUAACUCUUUUGUGCAAACAGCCCAAAACUGUUCAGAUGAGGAUACAAGCUGCGGUGGGCUCCUUUUUGCAGUGUAAGAACACAAACCAGAUAGAAUUUGCUGCUUGUGUUAUUGCAGUUCUUCUGGCUACAGCACUCACCGAAUUCCCACCCUAGCUGCAUUACCUGGAUGGUUUGCUUGGUUUUGAGCUCCCCCUUGUGAAAUCCUUUCUUUUUACUGUGGCAUUAUUUUUUGGAACCUAUAUGUAGACCAGCCUGCAUGCUUCAGCUCAUAUGGUGUAACACUCUAGUCCACAAGUUGUUCUUGAUCUAGUUGAAGAUAUCUCUGCUCAUUGCAGGGGAGUUGGACUAGAUGAGCUUUGAGGUCAUCCUUCCAACUCAAAUUAUCCUAUGACUCUAUGAUUCUCUUGAAAUCAGGGAGAGGGAGCAUAGGAAGGUAUUCAGGGUGAGAAAGCGGAGCUGUUUCUCUGUUCACUGCAUUUGACUCUGUGAUAGUUUUGGUAGUUACCACUGAUGAAGCAGCAGCAGUGCCAGAGAAGAAUGAAAGACAAGGAAAUGAAAGAAGGGGAAAAAAAGAGAAAAACAGGAGAGGAAAAAUUGCUUUGUGCUCUGGCUUUGAUCUGAAAACGUGCUAGAGACCCCUUGAAGACUCCUCAUUGCCAGUUAAAAAUGGCUGAAGUGGAUAGAUAGUUGUACCAUUAGGCUUUGAGCCAGCUGAGGUACUGGCUGUCUGCAUUGCUGCAACUUUAUACUAAAUCAGGUGUUGUCAACUCCUUGCAGCUGGCAUAAAACCAGUUUGAAGGCACAUAGCCAGCAUUAAGCUCAUUAUCUGUGUUGUGGCUAAUUAGACUACUGUUUAAAACUUUACAAACUAAUUUUCAUAGGGGCCUGUAUAAGUCGGAUAUAAGUUUCUGGUCUGAGGGGCUAAUGUGGGUGCAUCAGUUUCACAUUGAAAAUAUGGACCUCAUAACUGUUACCAUAAAGGAAAGGCAAAUAGCCCGAAUCUGUAGCUAAUAUGUCUAAUAGAAAAAAAAAGCCCUUCAAAGACGUUGUUCAACAGGUAAAGUAUUGCAAAGCUGGGCUGCAGACUGGCAAGCAGUUUGAAGAUGUGGUAGUUAGGAGGAAGACUAAAAUUAAACCCUGUGAAUGGGAAGAAGGACAUUCUACAGCCUCUGCCAGGGUCCAGUACUGGUGAUAUUGUGUGAUUUUUUUAAAAACCUUCAAUAGUGCAAUUAGGUUACAUAGGAUAAAAUCCAUUUAUCUUGUAAGUUCAGUUUAUUGCAGUCACACCUGUGGUUAAAUAGUCUGCAUAUUUUAUUUAGUAGCUAGGAGGAGUAGUUAGACAGAAGAAAGGAAAAAGCUGGGUCACUUUGUACCUCUUUGAUGUGGGAUUUUGUUGCAUCAAAUUUAGAUGUUUUGAUGACAUAGCUUUUCGAUUCCAGCCCCAUCUUGGACAGCAAUAAUUUGCAUUUGCAUGACAGUGGCAAAAAAAAGGUGUUAGCAGAAAUAGUAAGACAUGCUGCUGUAAAAUUACAGAGAAAGAUGUAUAUACUAAACAUUUUAGCAGAGUAAUAUUUAUUUGCAUAGCCUAUUUAUUGUCAUCUUAUACACUGUUAAAUACUGGGAUGAAGGCAAUGAGCUGAGGUAAGAACACCUGCCUGUUCGUUCUCUCUGAGUGCCAUAAUGCUGUCAGCUUGCAUUAAAAGUAAUAAAACAGAAAACCCCAAAUCAAGGUAUUUACCUAACUUCUCAGGGACUACAGCUAGUAGUUAUCCACCAUUAUGAGACCUGGUAUGUAUGAAAUAAUCUGAUUUACCAGAAUCAAUGUUGCCAAUGUUUUCCUUUUCAUAUUUCAUGCUUGUCUGCCUCUGUAUAUAUUAUUGUGUUGUGUAUUUAUGAGAGCUAGUAAGCAAUAAUUUAUAUGUCAAAAUGGCCGAGCAAUACAAGGUUAAAACUUGUAGAAGUAAUUGUUACAUUUAUCUUGCAUUUUCCAGUGUUUUUUAAUAUUGCUUUUCAAAAUAUAAAAACUACCUUAAUGAAA